AGCAAUUCCUUUAUUCCAAAUUUCAACAAGCACUCCAAGAAAGGCAGAAUUAGGAAUGGAUUCUCUUUCUUUACGUUCAUUCCACUGCUCUACCACGCAAAUUCAGCUUCCAAGCCAUCUCAGGUUCCUCCCUUAUACCACUUCAUUCAAUCGCCGGAAUAGUUUUCCUGAGAACAAUAUGCGUCAGCGCAAACAAUCCUUUCCAAUUUUGUGUGGCGUUUCCUCUACUCAAUUCAGACAGGAGGAGAAGAACAUGACCAAAAUGAAAUCCAAAUCGGGGCGUGGCAAGGUGGAGCUCAGUUUUAGGCUGGAUCAUCAAGUUGAGUUUGGUGAGCAUGUAGUGAUUUUGGGAUCCACCAAAGAAUUGGGAUCUUGGAAGAACAAGGUUCCCAUGAAUUGGACUGAGAGUGGAUGGGUCUGUCAAUCGGAAUUGAAAGGGGGUGAGUCCAUAGAGUAUAAAUUUGUCGUUGUGAGGAAGGACAAGAGUUUGUUUUGGGAAGCUGGGGAUAACAGGGUUCUCAAACUGCCCAAAGGAGGGAGUUUUGAGGUGGUUUGCCACUGGAAUUCAACAGGGGAGAUUGUGGCUCUAUUGCCUUCCUGUUUGGAAUCCAAUGAAAUGGAAGUUGAAGAUAUGAGUAAUGGUGGGACUGGGGUUACCGGUGCUGCUGAUGUCUUGAAGGUGGAGACAAGUCCUUUUGUUGGACAGUGGCAAGGAAAGCCCAUUUCCUUUAUGAGGUCUAAUGAGCAUCGGAACCAGGAAACAGAGAGGAAAUGGGACACCACAGGUCUUCAAGGCCUGGCUUUGAAGAUAGUUGAAGGUGAUAGAAAUGCAAGAAAUUGGUGGAGAAAGUUUAAAGGUGCCUAAGCAUAAUUUCAGAAAUGAUAGGACGUUUUUUUAGGGAAUGAUAGCUAUGGAAUCUUUGUCAAUGUGCCUGUGUAUAUUUUUCUGUUGGAUGGUUGCUAUGCAAUACAUGUCUUGGCUCCCAUGAAUUUUAUUCAACAUUUCUUAGCUUGUUUGGUGCAUUUUCAAUUGAUGUUAUGGAUAUUUAGGAUCCUUUUGUUCUUUUCACAGUAAAAAUUAAA